CUGAUUCUUAGUCCUCCGCUUUCCACUCCGACGUCAGACGGGGGGCGGAAACUCCUCAUGACUUACUUUUCUGAGAUGCAGACUGGGUUGCAUUACGACAUGUCUGGAAAUAGACUACUAAUGGGACAUCCGUGCUCCAUCAGAACAUGGCAGCAAUACGGCCCAUGGCUUCUGGGCUACUCACAUAGUCGCACCCGUCGCUCCGUCCACGAUCUUGCGAUUCCUUCAAUUCAGACUCUUUCUCGUCUCUAGGCUCCUAUCUUUUCGCAUCAUCUUGAUACCCGCUGCUAUUGCGCGACCACCACCAUGCAUCCAGAAAUCGAGAACGACAUCUCGUACGCGCUCCUUCUGGAGCUCUUAGCUUACCAAUUCGCAAUGCCAGUGAGAUGGAUAGAGACGCAACAAGUUCUUUUUGGGCAGGAAAACAUCGACCGCCUUAUCGAAAUAGGUCCGACCAACACCCUGGCGGCAAUGGCGAAGAAGACGCUGGCCUCCCAGUACAGCAUCGCAGACGCUGUUCGGUCGCGCAAGCGAGAGGUUCUGUGCCAUCAGACCGACGCUGCGAAGAUUUUCGAAGAAACAAAUAAUGCCGUUACUGAAGUCGUCCUUCCGAAAGCUACCGAGAUGCCAACGGCCGAAAAGAGUGCAUCUAAAGGUGCAGUACCAUCUCAAUCCCAACAGCCCGACGCUCCCGUCGCAGCGCCACGGCAGACAAUCGUGCCAGCAGCUCCCAUGCUGGAGAUACCUGAUGUCCCUAUAUCUGCGGGAGACAUCCUUACCGCCAUCAUAUCUUCGAAGCUCAAGAAGCCAUGCCAUGAGAUCAACGGAGCACAUACAAUCAAAACACUGACAGGAGGCCGUUCCACGCUCGAAAACGAACUCAUCGGCGACCUAGGCGCCGAAUUUCCCACCUCGCUCCCAGAUCGCAGUGAAGACAUUCCGCUGGCCGAUCUCAGUGUCACCCUCCAGUCGCCAGACAGCAGCACCCUGGGAAAAGUCUCCUCAAGCCUGUUGGCCCACUUUUUUGCCGCCCGGAUGCCACCCGGCUACACACAGAAGCGGGCGCGCGCACACAUGCAGACGAUGUGGAAUCUGCCGCCAGGUCACCAGUCAAUGGUGCUGCUGCGAGCGGCGAGCUACUCUUCGGGUGGCGGCCAGCAGCAACAGAAAAGGCUGGUGUCGGAUUCGGAGGCACAGGCACUAUUUGACGAUACCGUGCGGAAGUAUUUUGCUGAGCGGGGACUAGAUUUCGUUGUCGUGGACGCAGCUCAUCGUGAUCAAAAACAGGGCGGCAGUUCCGACAACAAUAAUGUUCAGCAUGUACAGCAACUCCACCACAAUGAGGACGGGCAGACAGCCGCGAAUGGAAACAGAGAUGGAAAGAGCGGAAGAAACGCCGAGCAGGCCACAGCCCUCCACCUCAUGCGUGCCGAACGCGACGCUCUAGGCGCUGAACUCGCGGCGCUGACGGCUGAGCUGGGGGAUGCGUUCGUCGGCGGCGUGAGGCCAGUAUUCAGCGCUCGAAAGGUGCGCAGGUUCACUUCAUCGUGGAAUUGGGCAGUGCAAGACCUGUUUGAGGCAGUGCAAGGCAAGGCAUCACGUGGCGGCGGUGCGGACGUCGAGGCAUAUGUUGACGACUCUGCUACUGCUGUUGCUGCGCGAUGUGAGAUGAUUGCCAGGCGCGGGGACGAACGGCUCGAGAAGAUUGUGGACUUCCUCGUGUCGAAAACCAAAGACGACAAGGCCACAAUGGAAAUUUUGGAGAAGGUGCGGGAGUUGAUGAGAGAGGCGAGGGUCGAGGGAGUUAGUGCGCUACCGUUCGCGGGAGCGUGUCUGAGGGAUACCAAGCCCAGGACUUUAGUCGACCAGCGUGGAAAAUUUGUGUUCGAAGAGGCACCGCGGACAGAGGAAGACGUGUCGCUCCCACGAGUCCAGCUCAAGGAGAGAACGUCAGCGCAACAGUGGCAGACGGACGAUAACCUGAGCAAUAUUUUCGACCACGUCCUACACGAGACUUGUCAUUCCUGCCCUUCAUUCAAGGAGAAAACAGUGCUCCUGACCGGCGCCGGCACACGCUCCAUUGGAUUCGAGCUGUUGAAGCUGCUACUGACUGCUGGCGCGCGUGUGGUGGUCACUACGAGCCAUUAUUCGCCCUCUGCACUGCGAGCUUACCGCGAUGCCUACACACAGCAUGGCGCAAGCGGAUCCGAGCUUGUUGUUGUGCCGUUCAAUCAGGGCAGCCAGCAAGACAUUGAAAGUCUCGUGUCCUUCAUCUUCGACGCCUCUGACGGCGGUUUAGGAUGGGACGUCGAUCACAUCGUUCCCUUCGCCGCUGUUCCUGAAGCGGGCCAUGAGGUGGAUGGCAUCGACGCCAAAUCAGAGCUGGCGCACCGCAUCAUGCUCGUAAAUGUUGUGCGACUUCUAGGCGUGGUGAAAAAGCACAAAGAGAGCCGGCGAGUGUUGUGCCGGCCUGCGCAGGUCCUCCUGCCGCUGUCACCUAACCACGGCGCAUUUGGCGGUGAUGGACUGUAUGCCGAGUCCAAGAUCGGUCUCGAGCCGCUGUUCGACAAGUGGUACUCAGAGACUUGGGCACCGUACCUGACGCUGUGCGGUGCUUCGAUCGGCUGGACGCGUGGAACAGGUCUAAUGGCCGGCAACGACACGCUAGCUGGGGGCAUUGAGGCGCUUGGUGUGCGCACCUUCACGCAGUGCGAGAUAGCGACUUUACUUCUAGUGCUUAUAAACGCGCCACUGGCCCAAGAGUGCGAAGACAGGCCCAUCUUCGCCGACCUCACCGGCGGAUUGGACGCCGUGCCCAACCUGAAGGAGACGCUCAGGAGCAUCCGCGGUGUUUUGGAUUCAGAACGGAGCCUGAAGGAGGCCAUGGUGAGAGAAGCGGAAGAUGAGAAGGGCUACGAGACUGCUAGUGAUCCGCUUCCUGUCCUACGACCGCAGCCUAACCUUCGUCUUCCCUUCCCAUCCUUGCCGGACUGGGAUAAGGACAUUGAGCCCCUACACAAGGACUUGAAUGGCAUGGUCGAUUUGGACUCGGUGGUUGUGAUAACCGGCUUCGCGGAGCUGGGGCCCUGGGGCAACGCGCGUACGCGCUGGGAAAUGGAAUCGCAAGGCGAGCUGUCGAUUGAGGGGUGCAUAGAAAUGGCAUGGCUUAUGGGCCUAAUCAAGAACCACGAUGGGCCGCUUGAUGGACAAGAGUACCACGGCUGGGUGGACACCAAAACAGGCAAACCGGUGCAUCCUGCUGAUAUGAAGGACCGCUACGAGCGCCAUAUUUUGGAGAAUAGCGGCAUCAGGUUUUUGCCAGAGGAGCCAGGAAAGGGGCAUUCGCUCAUUCAGGAGAUGGUGAUUGAGGAAGACUUGCCGCCACUUUCCGUGCCACGUGACAUAGCGGAGCAACUACGGCGCGAGCACGGCCACAAGAUUGACGUAUACGACGAAGACGAGGGAGGGAGUGAGGAAGUCCUAGUACAGUUCAGAAAGGGUGCUAGCCUCUUGGUACCAAAAGCUCUGGGUGCAGUACGGAGGGUCGCCGGCCAGCUCCCCCAGGGUUGGGAUCCGCGCACAUACGGCAUUCCCGAGGACAUUGUUUCUCAGGUCGAUCCAGUCACGCUGUACACGUUGAUCAGCACCUGCGAAGCACUGUUGGGAGCUGGCAUCACUGACCCGUUUGAGCUGUACAAGUACAUUCACCUGUCUGAGAUCGGGAACAUGCUGGGCUCUGGGCUUGGCGGCGUUUCGUCUUUGAAGAAGAUGUUCCUGGACAGGAAGAUGGACAAGCCAGUACAGAGCGAUGUCAUGGCUGAGAGCUUCAUCAACACGACACCAGCGUGGGUCAACAUGCUGCUCUUGUCGUCGUCUGGGCCCAUCCGCACAUCAGUUGGAGCCUGUGCAACCUCGAUCGAAUCCCUGGAAACAGGUGUCGAGACAAUUGUCAGCGGCAAGGCGAAGAUGUGUUUAGUCGGCGGGUUUGACGACCUUACCGACGAGGUCUCAGCCGAGUUCGCUAACAUGAGAGCGACUGUGGAUGCGGAGAACGAGGUCGAAAAAGGACGUAUACCAGCAGAGAUGUCGCGCCCAACUACUACGACACGCAAUGGCUUCGUUGAAUCAGCAGGGUCGGGAGUCCAGGUAAUUACAUCCGCCCGUCUCGCACUCGACAUGGGGCUGCCCAUCUACGGCAUCGUCGCACUGGCAUCAACUGCCAGCGACUCCAUCUCCCGCUCUGUGCCAGCGCCUGGCAAAGGCAUCCUCACCACAGCGGCAGAAGCGCCUUCGAGAUACCCAUCUCCCCUCCUUGACAUACACUACCGCUGUCGGCGCCUCGCGCUCCGCAAGCGCGAAAUUGAGAACUCGGCCAAUCUUGAAAUCGACAUGAUGAAUCAAGAGCUCAACAGCAGCAGCAUCGACGCAGCGGAGGCUGAGCGGCUGCGCGAACGCAAAGAUUAUAUUGCGCAUGAAGCACAGCAGCUGACGCGCGCUGCCCAACGCAUCUUCGGAAAUGCCUUUUGGCAGCAGGGACAGAGCAAUAUCUCGCCGCUGCGCGGGGCGCUCGCAGUGUGGGGCCUCACGGUUGAUGACAUUGGUGUCGUGUCACUCCACGGCACGUCAACGCGACUCAAUGAUAUCAACGAGCCGCAAGUGUUGCAGGCGCAGCUGACACACCUGGGUCGCGCGCCCGGCAACGUGGUGCCAGCUGUGUGCCAGAAGAGUUUAACAGGUCACUCCAAAGGUGCGGCGGGCGCGUGGAUGCUGAACGGCGCGCUGCAGAUGCUGAACUCCGGCCUCAUACCGGGCAACCGAAACAUUGACGACGUUGACGCCGCUCUGCGCCAUGACGCUGCUCUGCUGACUUUCCCCAACCGCACUCUAUGUAGGGCCGCCAUCAACGCCUUCAGCGUCACCUCGUUUGGCUUUGGUCAGAAGGGUGCUCAGGCUGUCGGUGUGCAUGCACGCUUCCUGUUUGCAACGCUGACCCAGGCCGAAUUUGAGGCCUACGCGCGACGUGUCACUGAGAGGAAAAACACAGCACAGAGCUUCUUCAGCAGGGCUGUGGCGACUAAUGCUCUAUUUGUGGCCAAAACCAGCGCGCCGUAUUUGAAGAAGCAGACGGAGAGGAUCCUUCUGGAUCCUAGUGCAAGGGCGGUGGGUAAUGGCCUUAAUGGCCACGAAUACUUUUACGAAGACGAUCUAGUAGAUAGGCUCGCUUAG